UAGUACAAUGACGUUGACAUUGACAUCCAUGAAAUUGUCAUUGGCACUCAAAUUUAAAACUGGAGUGAGGUUAUUUUGGAGUAAGCUUCAUUAGAAUUAUUAAUCUGUUCAUUUGUCAUUUAAAAUGCUGUUCAUAUGGUUGUGCAUAAUAUUUGUACCUUGUAUUCUAAUACCUGUAGUUGUAUACCUAAGGCCUUCACCAAAAAAAUCUGUAAAUGGGAAACAUGUAGUUGUGAUAGGAGGUUCUAGCGGAAUAGGGAAAAGUGUAGCCAUUGUUGCAGCGAAAGAAGGUGCUAAUGUGACAAUUAUAGCUAGAAAUGUAGAAAAACUGAAUUACGCUCAGAAAGAAAUUGAAUCUUAUAAGUGUUGUAAAGAACAAAUUAUCAGCAAAAUUUCAGUGGACAUUUGCGAUUAUGAAUCCUUAGAACAAAAUUUUAGCAAAAUAGAAACUAUAGUAGGACCUAUUUUCAUGAUGGUCAACUGUGCUGGAAUGGCUAUAUGUGGUGAAGUAGAAAAAUUCACUUUGGACGAAAUUAAACAACUGGUUGAUAUUAAUUUCCUAGGAAGCCUGUAUUCUGUAAAAGCUAUUGUACCAAAAUUCAAAAUGAGAAAAGAAGGAAUUAUAGUUCUUACGGGGUCCCAGGUAACUUUAAUGGGAAUGUAUGGGUAUUCUGUAUAUUCAAGUUGUAAAUUUGCCCUGAGGGGUCUAGCUGAAUCCCUCUAUAUGGAAGUGAAACCUUAUAAUAUAUCUGUCACAUUAGCUCUACCUCCUGAUACCGACACUCCAGGAUUUGCAAACGAAAAUAAGACUAAACCUACUGAAACUAAAUUGAUAUCAGAUACUGCAGGACUUGCAACUCCAGAAAAUGUGGCAAAGAAACUUGUUAAUGAUGCUUUGACAGGAAAAUUCUUUAGUUAUGUUGGAUUUGAAUCAUAUAUGGUAACUACUCUAUGUACUGGUAUGAGCCCUUUUUCCACAUUUCUUGAUGUAAUAAUGGAAGCUACUGUAUUAGGACUUUUGAGAAUAAUUAGUGCUUUCUACAUAAUAUCUUUUAAUAAAAUUGUGAAAAAAUGUCAUGAAAACAAAACAAAAAAAAUUAUGUAACUGAAAUUUGUAAAUUUGAGUUAUCCUGUAUUUUAUUAUAUUUAUUAUUGUUAUACAUUUAUACAUAUUUCUUAUAUUG